AUCCUACCUUUUGCCAAAAUUGUUGCAUUGCCAAAAGGACAGCAAAGAGCAGUACACGGUGCUGUUGUAUGUGUGCCUUCUGAGGUAGAAGCUACAGUGAACAGUCUCCCAAGACCGAGCAGUGAUGCCCAGCUGUUGCAAGUUAAACUAAAACGACGCAUCAAGUACAAAGGACAUCAGUACUUCUACACUGUCAACAUGAAGAAUGUGCUAGCAGCACUAGUGACACUCAAGGACAUGCAUUCGCAAUACAAAGAUGUAUCUGUUGAUCAUAGUGCUACUUUCAACAGUCUCCCAGAUGAUCUGCCAUGUGAUAAAGAACAGACACAACAGGACAAUGGAGAUGCAAGUGAGCAGGCUGACCAGUCGAAAAACCCAGAGAAAGACGAACUUAGACCUGGUCUGGUCUUGGACUCUUGCAUGCAGCCACCCGACAUAGCACAGGAAGUGUUAUCUUAUGGCGAUGGAAUUUUCAGUGUUGCACCAGCCCAAGGAAAUAAACCUGUGGGCUUCUUUGCCAUACCGAAACUAGAAGCCAUGGCCUUCCCUGUGCAGUUCCCAACAGGCCAGAACACAUUAGAUGAGGUCAGGGGAAAAAAACUGUCACCCAGUAAAUACUUCAAUGCAAGACUGUUCUGUGUUGACACAAGAUUUGCAAGUGACCAGAGUUACCUGUUCUUCGCCCAGUUUGUGACGGAAACACACAUGGCUACAAACAGCAUGUCCAUCCAAUUGCGCAAAGGCAAACCGAUGAGCAGAGAUGGGCGCAAAAUCUCCAGCAAGAUGCUUCAGGAUAAACAAGAGGUGGAAAAACUAAUCACAAACCAGGACGCAACACGCUUCAUGCGACCUCUGCGAGGCACUCCAGCAUACUGGGAAAAAACACUGAAGGAUAUGAAUGCUAUGGUCAGACAGUUGGGAAAGCCUACAUUCUUCCUGACAUUUUCGGCAGCUGAAAUGAGAUGGCCUGAGGUCAUAGAGGCAGUGAAAGCUCAGCAAGGAGAACAAGUUGACUUUUCACAGCUCGACUGGAAUGCCAAAUGUGACAUACUUCGCAGCAACCCUGUGACUGUUAUGCGGCUGUUUGAGAAAAGAGUAGACGCGCUGAUGACAGAUCUGAUACGGUCACCUGCACAGCCCAUUGGAGAAGUAGAGGACUACUUCUAUCGAGUUGAGUUUCAAGCCAGAGGAAGUCCUCACAUUCACUUGCUGGUUUGGAUCAAAGAUGCACCCGAGUUUGGAGACCAAGAUGAUGCCGAAGUAAUCAACUUCAUCGACCAGUACAUCACAUGCCAGAUGCCAGACCCAAAGGCAGACCCAGAGCUCCACAAGAUUGUAUCAGAGGUUCAAGUCCACAGCAGGAACCAUUCAAAAUCCUGCAAGAAAGGCAAUGUAAUGUGCAGAUUUGGGUUUCCAAAACUUCCCAUGGAGAGGACCAUCAUCACCUUUCCAGAACAAGAUGACGAUGAUGACGAUGACGACGAUGACAACCAGCAACAGCAAAGUGCACAAAAAAACAGACGCAAAGGCAAAAAGGGAAAACGAAAGAACAGAGCUCUUCGGAUCAGACAAAAGGAGGCCAAGGACAAGCUACAAAUGCUAAGGAAUUUCAUUAGUGACCCAAAUGCCUCAUUCAACAACUUGUCUGAGCUGCUGGAAAAAUGCAACCUCACCUAUGAGGAAUACAGGAAAUGUGUCACCAAUUUGACAAUGAGCAAUGUCAUUAUGCUGAAACGUCAUCCAAACCACUGCUGGGUGAAUGGAUACAAUCCAGAUCUGCUGAGAGCAUGGAACGCGAACAUGGACAUCCAAUUUGUGCUUGACGAGUUCAGCUGCCUUAUGUACAUGAUGUCAUAUGUGUCCAAGCCAGAACAUGAGAUGACUGAGUUCCUGAAUGAUGUCAUUCGUGAUGUGAAGAAAACGGACGUCAACGAGAACGAUGAAAUGAAGCACAUAAUGCAGGCAUACGCUAAACACAGAGAGGUCAGCGCUCAAGAGGCUGUGGCACGGACAUGCAGCUUGCCACUCAAAAAGUGCUCGCGAAAUGUGGUGUUCAUUCAGACUGAUGACAAUGCUACAAAGAUGAGUCUUCCUAUGAGCAGAUUAAAGGACAUUUCACCAGAUUCAGACCAGGUGUGGAUGUCAGGCCUACCAGAGAAAUAUGCAGAAAGACCCCAAACACCUGAAUAUGAAUGCUUGUGUUUGGCUGACUUUGCAUCUCAGUACAGGACUCUCUAUGGACAACAAUCCAAAGGAAAAAAUGCAGUUUCCCUUUUGAAUGACAAAGGACACAUUCAAAAAAGAACUGUAGGAAAGCCUGCCAUCAUUAGAUUUGCACGCUUCUCAGAAGAGAAAGAUCCAGAAAGGUUCUACGGACGACUCCUCAAACUGUACCUCCCACACAGAUCAAAUGAUGACCUGAAAAGCAAAGAAUGCCCCACAUACGAACAGUUUUACAAACGGGGUCGUAAGUGGGGAUAUGACGUACGAGCUCUGGUCGACAUCAUGAAGAAAAAAUAUGAAGGACAUGGCAAAGAAUUUGAGAAGGCACUGGAAAAAAUUCAAAAGGAAGGCCUGGUCGUUGAUGCGUGGAACACCUUUGCACCCGAGGUUGAAGUGGAUCGUUUGGAGUGCAUCGCUGAACGAGAAGCCAUAAACCCCAUUAACGACAACGAAAUGGACAACGUACCAGACUUCCAAGUGAAUCGUGACAGCAGUAUAGCUGUACCAGCAAUAGAGGCACCAAAGCUGAGCCCAGACUUUGUGAGGAAGCUAUACCAAAGCCUCAACGAAACACAGGCAUGCAUAUUUUACACUGUGCGUGAAUGGUGCCUCAAACGUGUCUGGGGACACAAUCCUGAACAGUUCUUUUACUUUGUCAGUGGUGGAGCUGGUUGUGGAAAGUCACAUGUAAUCAAAUGCAUACAUGAGGAGGCGACCAAGAUUCUGCGCCAACUCCCAAGAUUCCGCGACCAGGGAGACAUGUCCACGCCUGCAGUGCUACUGACUGCAUUUACUGGCACUGCAGCCUUCAACAUCUCUGGCAAGACCUUGCAUUCAAUGUUAAAAUUGCCAAGAAGUUUGAAACCACCAUAUCAGGGACUUGGAAAUACAUUGGAUGAAAUGAGAGCAAUACUGUGCAAUGCAGAAAUUCUGAUCAUAGAUGAAAUCUCCAUGGUUUCAAAGGAGUUAUUUGCCUACGUCCACUGGAGAUUUCAGCAGAUCAAAGGCAACAAGAAACCCUUCGGAGGCAUGUCUGUUUUGGCAGUAGGAGACUUCUACCAACUGCCACCGCUUGGCAAAGCAAAACCACUUUGCGUGUAUGAGGAGGGCGUGCUCGAUGUUUGGAAAGACAACUUCCAAAUGGUCAGUCUGACACAGAUCAUGCGGCAGAAAGAUGAUCUUGUGUUUGCAGAGCUUCUGAACAGGUUGCGGGUAAAGAGGAAGACAGACGCACUCAGAGACGAUGACAGAGCUUUACUCACCCAGACUGUCAUCGACAUCAAAGACUGUCCACUCGAUGCCCUGCAUAUCUUUGCAACAAACAGAGAGGUUGAUGAGCACAACCGAGCAACUGUAGCAGCUCUACAUCGUGAUUUUGUCAACAUUAAGGCACAGGACUACGCCAAAGACCCCACCACAGGGGAAAUGAUCCAGACAAGAGGCUUCAAGGGGAAAAAAAGAGACCUACCUGACUGCAUACAGGCUGCACACGGUGUACGCGUUAUGAUAGUCAGGAAUCUUGAUGUGGAGGACGGACUUGUGAAUGGAACAUUUGGAACCAUUGCCAACAUCAUAACAGGCCAGCAAGAUGGACAAACAAGAGUGACAAUGAUUGGACUUCAACUGGACAAUCCAACCUCCGGACAGAAAUUACGUAAAAAGAUCCAAGGGCAAUCGGAUAACCUGGUCUACAUUGAGAGAACUGAGGAGAACAUGACCAAAAAAGGAGCCGUUCGGAGGCAGUUCCCAAUGAAGUUGGCCUUUGCCUGCACAGCUCACAAAGUGCAAGGCAUGACAAUGGAGUCUGCAGUGGUGUCUCUGAAGCGUGUGUUUGAGUCUGGAAUGUCGUAUGUUGCCCUCAGCAGGACAACCUCACUUCAAGGCCUGCACAUUACGGAUUUUGAUGAAAAGAAAAUCUACGCUGAUCCUGAAAUCACAGCUGCAAUGGAAAACAUGAAGCAAGCAUCAUUCGAGAGCACAAGACCACUCUUGCAGCAUGUGAAAUUGGCAGAUGGAACAGCCCAAACCAUCACAAUUAUUCACCACAACACACAAGGACUUCCAUCUCACAUUGAGGACCUUAAAUGCCACCAUGAACUGACACUUGCUGAUGUGUUAUGCAUCACAGAAACACAUCUGUCUGGAUCGUUUGUUUCCUCCAAGUUCCAGUUGGAAGGAUAUAACAUGUUUACACGCAGCAGACAAGUGUCCUACACAAACCUUUCGGACAUGACAGCAAAAGAUGGUGGCGGUGUUGCAGUGUACUGUAAGAGCCACAUUCAAGCAGAGGCUCGGAGGUACUUCCAAAAUGUGACUGAUCUUGAGUUUGUAGUCGUCAAACUAAUGGCCCCAGUCAGAGCAGUGAUUGCAGCUGUUUACAGACCACCACACUUCUGUCUCAAAAAGUUUCUGCCAAACAUGGAAAGCCUCUUGGACUCCUUGGACAUGAUGAAUCACCAGCCAGUCAUUGUUUGCGGAGACUUUAAUGAGGACCUUCUAUGCAAAGGAAAAAAGGCAAUACAAGAGUUAUUCCAAUCAAAAGGAUACACACAACUCAUAACAGAUGCAACAACUGAAAACAGGACACUUCUCGAUCACAUUUACGUGUCUCAACCACACACCUGUGUCCAGUCUGGUGUACUGCAAACUUACCACAGUUAUCACAGUCCCGUCUACUCUAUUUUAACGUUGCCAGCCAACUAAACACAUGUAGGUCAGUUCAAUAUCUCUUGGAGUCCGCAUAAACUAGGGCCUAAGGUGGUAUUGUUCUGUUAAUCAUUAUCUCUAUGGGCAAUUUUUAUUUUAUUUUAUUUUUUUGCCUCUUAGAGUCCGCAUAAACUAGGGCCUAAGGUGGUAUUUUUGUCAAUCAUUAUCUCUCUAUGUGCAAUUUUAUCAUGCUAAUCACUGUAAGUCAGUUCGAUAUCUCUUGGAGUCCGCAUAAACUAGGGCCCAAGGUGGUAUUGUUCUGUCAAUCAUUAUCUUUGGGUGCAAUUUUAUCAUGUUAAUCACUGUAAGUCAGUUCGAUAUCUCUUGGAGUCCGCAUAAACUAGGGCCUAAGGUGGUAUUGUUCUGUCAAUCAUUAUCUUUGGGUGCAAUUUUAUCAUGCUAAUCACUGUAAGUCAGUUCGAUAUCUCUUGGAGUCCGCAUAAACUAGGGCCUAAGGUGGUAUUGUUCUGUCAAUCAUUAUCUCUAUGUGCAAUUUUUAUUUUAUUUAGUUUUUUUACCUCUUAGAGUCCGCAUAAACUAGGGCCUAAGGUGGUAUUGUUCUGUCAAUCAUUAUCUUUGGGUGCAAUUUUAUCAUGCUAAUCACUGUAAGUCAGUUCAAUAUCUCUUGGAGUCCGCAUAAGCUAGGGCCUAAGGUGGUAUUGUUCUGUCAAUCAUUAUCUUUGGGUGCAAUUUUAUCAUGCUAAUCACUGUAAGUCAGUUCAAUAUCUCUUGGAGUCCGCAUAAGCUAGGGCCUAAGGUGGUAUUGUUCUGUCAAUCAUUAUCUCUGGGUGCAAUUUAAUCAUGCUAAUCAAUGUAAGUCAGUUCGAUAUCUCUUGGAGUCCGCAUAAGCUAGGGCCUAAGGUGGUAUUGUUCUGUCAAUCAUUAUCUUUGGGUGCAAUUUUAUCAUGCUAAUCACUGUAAGUCAGUUCGAUAUCUCUUGGAGUCCGCAUAAACUAGGGCCUAAGGUGGUAUUGUUCUGUCAAUCAUUAUCUCUAUGUGCAAUUUUUAUUUUAUUUAGUUUUUUUACCUCUUAGAGUCCGCAUAAACUAGGGCCUAAGGUGGUAUUUUUGUCAAUCAUUAUCUCUCUAUGUGCAAUUUUAUCAUGCUAAUCAAUGUAAGUCAGUUCGAUAUCUCUUGGAGUCCGCAUAAACUAGGGCCUAAGGUGGUAUUGUUCUGUCAAUCAUUAUCUCUAUGUGCAAUUUUUAUUUUAUUUAGUUUUUUUACCUCUUAGAGUCCGCAUAAACUAGGGCCUAAGGUGGUAUUGUUCUGUCAAUCAUUAUCUUUGGGUGCAAUUUUAUCAUGCUAAUCACUGUAAGUCAGUUCAAUAUCUCUUGGAGUCCGCAUAAGCUAGGGCCUAAGGUGGUAUUGUUCUGUCAAUCAUUAUCUUUGGGUGCAAUUUAAUCAUGCUAAUCAAUGUAAGUCAGUUCGAUAUCUCUUGGAGUCCGCAUAAGCUAGGGCCUAAGGUGGUAUUGUUCUGUCAAUCAUUAUCUCUGGGUGCAAUUUAAUCAUGCUAAUCAAUGUAAGUCAGUUCGAUAUCUCUUGGAGUCCGCAUAAACUAGGGCCUAAGGUGGUAUUGUUCUGUCAAUCAUUAUCUCUAUGUGCAAUUUUUAUUUUAUUUAGUUUUUUUACCUCUUAGAGUCCGCAUAAACUAGGGCCUAAGGUGGUAUUUUUGUCAAUCAUUAUCUCUAUGUGCAAUUUUAUCAUGCUAAUCAAUGUAAGUCAGUUCAAUAUCUCUUGGAGUCCGCAUAAACUAGGGCCUAAGGUGGUAUUGUUCUGUCAAUCAUUAUCUCUCUGGGUGCAAUUUUAUCAUGCUAAUCAAUGUAAGUCAGUUCAAUAUCUCUUGGAGUCCGCAUAAACUAGGGCCUAAGGUGGUAUUGUUCUGGUUGUAUUGGCUGGAAAUACAAAGUUGUAGGGACAGAGCAGCUCCAUUGAGGACUUGCAAUGAAGAUAGUGAAGCUACACUUCCAGUGAUGCAGACAGGAUAGGGACAGCAGCUCCAAGAUUGAGACGCCAUGUCGCUGUUACAUUGUGGUUUGUGCCGAAGAAGAACAACAUCCAAGAGACCAACAGAAGGAGUAGAACAACAUAAGCAACAAAAUAAAUGAACAACAAGACGGAAUCAACAACAUUAAGCUAAGUGCUCUUUUUUCUUCUAAUGACAUUUUCAUUUUUCAUAUUUCAUUUCUCACAAAUAUUACAUAUUACAUUAUUGAUGUUUUGUUAGCUGUAUACUUAUUCUAUCAUCUAAUUAAUGAUUUUCUCUUUUUUAUUGUUCAUAAAUCUGACACCUGAUGAACACCAUGCAAAGACGGAUGGCAGCAACCCCAAAGACAAAAGUAGGAUCAUCAGUGAGGACUACAGCGAAGACGGCAGCCGUUCAACCUGUGAAGACUCAGAAUUCCAACACAAGGCUUGAGAAACCAGAUGAGAAGUAGGAAGAAUGCACUGCUGGUGUUAAUUUCAGCAACUGUUCUCUUUGUGCCGAAGAAGAACAACAUCCAAGAGACCAACAGAAGGAGAAGAACAACAUAAGUAACAAAAUAAAUGUAGGUACACUUUUUCUUUGAAAUAAGAUUUGUUUCCAGUACUUUUUUGAUUUACUACAGAUAUAUUGUUUAUCUGUACUCAGAAAACACUGUAUUAAUACUAUUGUGUUUUUUUGUCCUGUCCUGACGAGGAACAACAAGACGGAAUCGACAACAUUAAGCUAAGUGCUCUUUUUUCUUCUAAUGACAUUUUCAUUUUUUAUAUUUCAUUUCUCACAAAUAUUACAUAUUACAUUAUUGAUGUUUUGUUAGCUGUAUACUUAUUCUAUCAUCUAAUUAAUGAUUUUCUCUUUUUCUCUUUUUUCUUUUUGGUUGUUUUUUGAUUGUGCAUAAAUCUGACACCUGAUGAACACCAUGCAAAGAAGGAUGGCAGCAACCCCAAAGACAAAAGUAGGAUCAUCAGUGAGGACUACAGCGAAGACGGCAUCUGAUCAGAACAUCAACACCAGAUGACACGGACACAGUAUUAAGACUGGCGAUGAGCAAAACAAGGAUUGGAGGACAGUUACGGGACAAAUCUUAUUGGCUCUUUGUGUUUUGGCUCCAUUUAAAAAUGUUCAAAUAAAUAAUAUGACAUGAAAUUA